AUGGACGAGUCCAAAAACACAAACAAUCUAGACCCUGUCUCAGAGCCUUCUGAAAAAGGCGAUGAAGUACCUUCUCCUGUCGCCGGCGAAUUCACAACCCGGGCUACUCUGGCGCUGAUAGGCGCAACAGGAGCAACGUUUUGCACCGUCGGUUUCCAGAACGCGUUCGGCGUUUUCCAAACUUAUUACAGUGAGGUUCUGAUGCCAGAUGAAUCGGAAUCGAGCAUUGGGUGGAUAGGGGCCAUCAACAUAUUUAUCCUCUUUUCCGGCUCGCUCGUCACAGGGCGUAUUCUCGAUCUUUUUGGGCCGACUGCCAUGUUCUGGCUAGGCUCUCUAAUCAACAUAUUCUCCAUGAUGAUGAUCUCGCUGUGCCGCAAGUAUUGGGAACUCAUUCUCGCCCAGGGAGUGCUACUCGGAGUCGGAAAUGCCUUUCUAGUGUGCCCUGCGCUUGCACUUGUCGGACAAUACUUUAUGAAGAGACGGGCUGUGGCUAUUGGUGUUACAAUCGCGGGCUCCUCCCUAGGAGGCGUGGUAUGGCCCAUUGUCGUGCAUGAGUUGAUACAAAAGCCCAACAUUGGCUUCCCCUGGACAAUAAGAAUUUCCGGUUUCAUCAUGCUCCCCAUACUGGCUGUGUCAUCCAUCAUUGCACGUCCUCCUCUGGUAUCAAAGCCGACAGGGGAUCAAGCCCAGAAACAGUCACCGCCAAGUCCAGCAUGGGACUGGGCAAUUAUUAACAAGAAAGAAAUGCUGCUCACUGCAUUCGGGUUUUUCUUUACCUACUUUGGCAUGUUUACACCCUUUUUCUUUGUCACAAGCUACGCUAUUCAACAUGGGUUCUCGUCCAACUUGGCAUUUUACACCAUCUCCAUGAUUAAUGGCGCAUCACUCUUUGGUCGCAUUCUUCCUGGAAUGGUGGCAGAUCGAUAUGGAAAGUUCAACCUGUGUGUCCUCAUGAUAGCUUUGUCGGGAAUCAUUGCCUUGUGCUGGACUACGGUUACCUCGGUGGCAGGACUGGUUAUAUUCUCUCUCGCUUAUGGAUUUUGCUCGGGGGGAAUUUUAUCAUUGCAACCAGCAUGUGCAGCGCAGGUGGCCACUCCGAAAACAAUUGGCACUGCAAUAGGAUUCAUCUUGGCCUCGGCUUCGCUUUCUGCGCUUGCCGGAACGCCUGUCAGCGGUGCCCUGAUUGACAGGUAUGGCUAUCUGUCCGUGUCGAUAUACAGCGGCGUGAGCUUACUGGCUGGGUCAUCGGUGUUGGCUAUGGCGAGGCUUGCUCAGAAUCGUAAGCUGUUUGCUGUUGUAUGA